AAUUUUCUCGAAAUGCUCACACAAAAAAUCGGCAGACUAAUGGCUUGUACAGUAACCCGACAGGCUCAUCGGAUGCUCACCGAGCAAGAGAUUAAAGUGACGAAUAAGGCAGCGAGCAGGCUUAAAGAAGUCGUUGAUAACGGAGAACGCCUACGACUUGAGGUGGAUGGAGGUGGAUGCUCGGGAUUUGAGUAUAAAAUUCGAUUGGACAAAAAAAUUAACAACGACGAUUUAUUAUGGAAAUCAUCAGAGAAUGGAGCUGAAAUUGUGGUGGAUGAGCUCUCCCUUGGCUUUCUCAAAGGCGCCACCGUGGAUUUCGUGGAAGAUUUAAUGAAAUCUUCAUUUCGAAUUGUCAAUAAUCCGAUUGCCGAAAAAGGAUGCUCUUGUGGAUCAAGUUUUGCGCCGAAAAUGGAUUAAAUUUUCCCUUUGUCCCUGUAUUUUUUCUGUAAUUAUUAAUUUUAUCUUUAGGAAUUUUUUUCUAGUUAUUAUUUAGUGAUUUUGUAGUAGUAGACAAUUUUUUGAGAUCGUUGUUUGAGUCGGGUUAAAUUCGUAAAUUAUUAAUAAGAUUUUCAGAUAUU